AUGGGUAAUCAACAGACGAAGAAAGGUGGUAACGAAAAUCUAUUUACCAGCGAAGAAUUGAAAAUUUUGGAAACAUCAUUUCGUUUGGCCAAUGGUGGAAAUACGGAAAAAAUUACCGAAAAUAAAUUGGUGGAAUCAUGGUCUGCAAUAAUUGAUAAAAAAUUAGCACAAUUUACAGCUAAUUUCCUUUUUACACAAACUCCUCAGUCAACACCGCAAAAGACAUCGACACAUCAUCAUUCACAGCACAUUGGCACCAUAACAUUUCAUAAAUAUGCCGAACCAUAUUAUAUUGUCGAGAGGGGAACAAUCGAUCAACAAAUUCACUUUAUACAAACAUCGUUGGGUAAUAAAUCGACAGAGGAUGUUGAUUUGAAACAGCUUGAAAUGUAUAUUACCGCAUUAUUACUCAGCUAUUUACAUAUGUUGAAAUCACAAAAUACCCCCGCAUUUGAAUCAUGGUAUAAAUUUGGUUACCACUGCAAUGAUCGUUCGGCUCAAUGUUUUGCCAAGGGAUUAGUGCGGCAUCUCUGCAAAAAAGAUUCCGAUUCGACAGCCUCCACAAGUGAUUUGGAAAAAUGGUUGCAGGUCAAUCCCACAUUUUUGAUUAUAUGGCGUUGUGUGUUUUCAUAUUUGUACGGUUAUGCGGGCAAUGGAAAGAUCAGUAAAUUGGGUAAUCCUCCCAGUAGUCAAAUAUUACCAAUGCAAGAAGGUUUACCAUUCGGCACCAAUUACACACCCAUGCUGGAUAUACCCCACGUUAUAUUUGUCAAUAGCAAUGUGCCCGUGGAUUUACAACACAAAUGGCGUUUUUUGUUCUCUUCGAAAAUCAUGGGUGAAAGCUUUUCAACAAUGCUGGGAAAAUUGUUGAAAAAGGGACCAACUCUGUUGGUAGUCGAAGAUGAGGAUCAUUACAUUUUUGCCGGCUAUGCACCCCAUUCAUGGGCAAUGGGUCCAAAUUUUAUAGGUGAUGACAGUGCCAUGCUAUUUACUUUAAGUCCUGCCAUGCGUUGUUUCAACACCACAGGUUAUAAUGAUCAUUAUCAGUAUUUGAAUUUGGGUCAACAGACAAUGCCCAAUGGUUUGGGCAUGGGCGGCCAAUUUGGCUAUUGGGGUCUUUGGUUAGACUGUGAAUAUGGAAUUGGACAAAGUUCUGAGAGCUGUACCACUUUCAAAGAAUACAAUCAACUGAGUAAGCGUAAAGAUUUUCGUAUACGGAAUUUGGAGGUAUGGGGAAUUGGCGAUGAACCCAAACAGGGUGAUGACAGCGAUGAGGAGGGGGAGGGUACCAAUAAACGCUCAAUUUUGGAUAAAAAUCUGGAAGAUCGUGUCAUGUUGGAAUUAUCCGGUCGCAAUAUGCAUUCAGAUGGUCUCAGAGAUCCCGAUUUGGAUUUAUAAAUUAUUACAAACUCAUAGGUUGUUC